AUGGAGGAACAUACGGUGACCCAGACCGAGCACAUGGCAACCAUAGAGGCUCACGCCGUGGCCCAGCAGGUCCAGCAGGUCCACGUGGCCACCUACACGGAGCACAGCAUGCUGAGCGCGGACGAAGACUCCCCGUCUUCUCCCGAGGACACGUCCUACGACGACUCGGACAUCCUCAACUCCACCGCCGCCGACGAGGUGACGGCCCACCUGGCCGCCGCAGGGCCGGUGGGAAUGGCCGCCGCAGCCGCCGUGGCCACCGGGAAGAAACGGAAGCGGCCCCACGUCUUUGAAUCCAACCCCUCCAUCCGCAAGAGGCAGCAGACCCGGUUGUUACGGAAGCUGCGAGCCACCUUGGAUGAAUAUACCACCCGGGUCGGGCAGCAAGCGAUCGUCUUGUGCAUCUCGCCCUCCAAACCCAACCCUGUUUUCAAGGUCUUUGGGGCGGCCCCCCUGGAGAACGUGGUGCGCAAGUACAAAAGCAUGAUCCUGGAAGAUUUGGAGUCGGCGCUGCUGGAGCACGCCCCUGCGCCGCAGGAGGUGAACUCCGAGCUGCCCCCGCUCACCAUCGACGGCAUCCCGGUCUCGGUGGAUAAGAUGACCCAGGCCCAGCUGAGGGCGUUCAUUCCUGAAAUGCUGAAAUACUCAACGGGUCGCGGGAAGCCGGGCUGGGGUAAGGAGAGCUGCAAACCCAUUUGGUGGCCCGAAGACAUUCCGUGGGCUAAUGUCCGCAGUGAUGUCAGGACCGAGGAGCAGAAGCAGAGGGUGUCGUGGACCCAGGCACUGCGGACCAUCGUGAAAAACUGCUACAAGCAGCACGGGCGCGAGGAUCUGCUUUACGCGUUCGAGGAUCAGCAGACCCAGUCGGUGACCGCCACCCACAGCAUAGCCCACCUGGUCCCCUCCCAAACCAUGGUCCAGACCUUCAGCAAUCCAGACGGCACCGUGUCGCUCAUCCAGGUUGGCACCGGGGCCACGGUGGCCACCUUGGCAGACGCCUCCGAAUUGCCCACCACUGUCACAGUCGCCCAGGUCAACUACUCUGCGGUCACCGAUGGAGAGGUGGAGCAGAACUGGGCCACGCUGCAGGGGGGCGAGAUGACCAUCCAGACCACCCAGGCCUCCGAAGCCACGCAGGCAGUGGCCUCCCUGGCCGAAGCCGCCGUCGCCGCGUCGCAGGAGAUGCAGCAAGGCGCGACGGUCACGAUGGCGCUCAACAGUGAGGCAGCCGCUCACGCCGUGGCCACGCUUGCCGAAGCCACCCUCCAGGGCGGAGGGCAGAUCGUGUUGUCCGGCGAAACGGCGGCAGCCGUGGGCGCGCUCACCGGGGUACCAGAUGCGAACGGUAAGCCGAUCCUGAUAACCUCGCGCGUCUCGAGACGGGGAGUUCUAAGAGACAGACAGACAGGCCUGGUCCAGAUCCCGGUGAGCAUGUACCAGACGGUGGUCACCAGCCUCGCGCAGGGCAACGGGCCCGUCCAGGUCGCCAUGGCCCCCGUGACCGCCAGGAUCACCGACAGCACCGUCACCAUGGACGGCCAGGCGGUGGAAGUGGUCACCCUGGAACAAUGA